AGAGCAAACAUCAUCGACCGCAAUCACCGACUCCAGUUGUGAUUCGACAUUCACCUGUGAUUUGACAUUCACCUCCGAAUAUAUCCUACAAAAUGGACAACCUGGACUUGCAGCAGCUCAUGCGUCACCUGGGGGCCACGGACGAGGAUAUGGCUGAUCACUUGAUGUUUUUUGCUCUCGAGGCAUAUGAGGAGCACAAGAUGACAGGAAGCGUCCAGGAUAUCGAUGUAGCCAUCCGGGCUUCUCGGUUGGCCCUAAGCAUGACUCCAGGAGACCAUCCCGACCGUGUGGGAUUUUUGAACAAACACGGAGGUUUCCUUGAGGCUCGAUAUGGGCGUAAAGGUCAGAUGACGGAUCUGGAAGAGGGCAUUGAUGUAGCGCGGCAAGCAGUCGAGUCGGCGCCUGAAGGUCAUCCCGAGCGGCCAGCCUGUUUCAACAACCUUGGGACCAAGCUUUAUGAGCGGUAUGAGCGGACAGGCCAGACAACCGAUCUGGAAGAGGCCAUUGACGCGGCGCGGCAAGCGGUGAAGCUGACGCCCAAAGACCACCGCGAACGGGAAGCCUGCCUGAACAACCUGGGAAACUAUCUGCUCCGGCGCUAUGAGCGAACAGGCGAGAGGAGCGAUCUCAAUGAGGCCAUCGAGGUGGCGAGGCAGGCAGUGCAAUUGGCGCCUAAUCGCCAUCCCAACCGGGCGGUCUGUUUAAAUAACUUGGGAGCCAUGCUAGCUCGGCGGUAUGAGUGGACGGACCAGAUAGCCGACCUCGACGAGGCCAUUGAGGUUGCGCGGCAGGCACUGGCGUUAACGCCUGAAGACCAUCCCAUGCGGGCACUAUGGAUGGACAAUCUCGGGAUUUCCCUCAGAAGUCGACAUGAGCGGACUGGCCGGACGAUCGAUCUCCGGGACGCCAUUGACGCAUCGCAGCAAGCGAUCGAGCUGAUCCCUAAGGAUCAUCCCAAUCGGGCAUCCUGUUUGAGCAACCUCGCAAAGGCGCUUGAGAGGCGCUAUGAGCUGACGGGCCAGAUGGCCGAUCUCGACGACGCCUUAAGACGCCUGCAGGAGGCUUGGAGCUGCCGGGCAGCUACCCCAUUCCGCCGUGUCAGAGCUGCCGAGUUCUGUCUAAGACUUCUCCUCUUACGAGGCAAUUUCGCUACCGCCUCGCAGGUUGGAAUGGAAGUCAUCGACCUCCUCCCUACGGUAAACACUAGGCUCCUCGACCGUGACGAUCAGGAAUUCGUCAUGUUCACUUUUGGCGGCAUAGCUGCCAACCUCUGCGCCAGCCUCAUGGCAUUGAACCGCCCCGACGACGCGUUGCAAUACCUCGAGAAGGGCCGCGCAGUCAUUAUUGGCCAGCUGGUGGAUAGCCGCAGCGACGUGUCUGGUCUCGCGCAGCAGCACCCGGAUAUUGCCAGGCGGUACGAAAGGCUCCGGGACGAGGUCAACACUCCUCUGCGUGGCGUCAAGGGCGACGCGGCGGGAAAGCAGAUGCUUCAACGGCGCCGCGUGGCUGCAGCGGAGCUUGAUGCGUGUGUGCGAGAGAUCAGGGGUAUCGCAGGGCAUGACCGUUUCCUCCUUGGCCAGACGGUGGACGAGAUGAAGGAGUGUGCCGCGGGCGGCUUCAUCAUUGUGGUCAACAUUACCGAGUUCCGAAGUGACGCAAUCAUCAUCUCGCCUGCAACCAUCCGGGCAAUUAACUUCGAGGGAUUGUCUUUCUCAGAAGUAAAGGACUGGUUAGGCAAAGACUGGGGCGGCCGAGAAUCGGAAUUCCGACGAAAGAACGACGAGUACCUUCGGUAUCUUUCAUGGCUGUGGCACAACUUCGUCGAGCAGUUGCUUGACGAGGUUUCCUCGCUUCAUACUCAGUCCGAAGGCCUACCGAGAGUCUGGUGGAUUGGCACGGGACUCGCCAGCUCGAUGCCUUUCCACGCGGCGGGUAUACACUCUCCGGGCUCGACGGAUCACGCGUACAGCAGGGCGGUGUCAUCAUACACGCCGUCCAUCAAAGCCCUGCGACAUUCAAAAGCCCGCGCCGGCAGUACGGAGCCAAUAACAGGCGGCACGCUUCUGAUGGCCACAAUGCCGACAACACCGCGUCCCAGCGACGGGGGUAAGAAGCUGUGCGACCUUCCAGGUGUCACAGAGGAGAAGGCAAGAGUCAUCAACGCGACCAAGGGCCAUCUCACGCCAGAAGUGCUGGAGCACCCUAGCGUAGAACAGGUCAUCACUCGCCUCCAGACCUGCCGCGUCGCCCAUUUUGCCUGCCACGGGUGGACUGACCACUCCGAUCCGUCAGAGAGCGGCCUGGUCUUGCAGAGACAAGGGGCCGGCGGAGCCGCGGAACAGGAACGCCUGACGGUGCGCAGGGUGUCGGAGCUGAGCUUGAGGCAGGCACGCCUGGCGUACCUGUCGGCGUGCUCGACGGCGGAGAACAAGACGGCGUGGCUCGCGGACGAGGUGCUCCACGUGGUGAGCGGCUUCCAAGUAGCCGGCUUUCCGCAUGUAGUUGGGUGUCUAUGGCCGUCUGACGACAGUGUCUGCGUGGUUGUGGCGGAGAGACUGUACACGUCGCUGUUUGCGGCGGGGAGGAAGGGGUGGAGCGGUGGAGAGGUGGCUUCGGCGUUGCGAGAGGCCGUGAUGGCGGUCAGGGCGGCGGAAAUGGAUAUGCCGUUGCUGUGGGCGCAGUUUGUUCACUAUGGCGCGUAGCCUCCAUCUUUCAUGAUGUCUGGUAACAAAGCAGC